ACGGCUCGGUCUCGCUCCCUCCCGGCUCGCGUUAGGCUCGGUCUAUCUCUGGUCUUCCCUUUCUCCUUGUUCGCAAGGCCAAUUUCGCCGGUUCUCUCUCCCGUUCUUUCCUUCGGUACGCGCAAACGCGACACGACUUGCGUCUCGUUCAGUCCAGGUGAUCGGCAGUCCUUCUCUCUGUCCGUCCUCUCCGUUCGUGAUCGUUCCGGCGUGUCCCCUUCCAUCGGAACGGCUACCCCCCGGGUCCCGCCGCGUUUCGCUCGCGCACCAUCCCUUCUCGAGCGGUGGUUGCCUCCCUCCGACCCACCCCAAAGAUCCGCUCGCGGUCCGGUCUCCCGCGGCGAGAGCCGAGCGAGCGAACGAGCGCCCCCCUCGCGCAUAACCCCUCGGCCAAGAGAGCGAUCCGUAACAACUAAAGUUCUCGUGAAAAGUUGAGCUGGGCUCUCCUACGCCCUCCUGCUAUAAUAGCCUAGCCGCGCUCGCUGCUCUCUCUACCUACCUAUCUACCGUCUAUCCCUGUCCAUCUGUCCCGGGUCUGUCCCACAUCCCGCACACGGAACACCGAACGCGCGGAGGGCGAGACAGAGACAGACCUACGGACGGGAGGAUAGCCGACUCGAAGGUGGAAAGAGAACGAGGGAGAGAGAGGGAGAGAGAAAGGAGGAAGAGAGAGUGAGAGAGCCGCACGGAGUGGGACAGUCACCGCGAAGGGGGAGAGAGAUAGAGUGAAUCCAGGGGGUGGCGGAGGUGGAGAGGUAGAAAGAGAGAAAGAGAGAGGAGAGAAGAGAGAGAAAGAAGAGAGAUAGGGUGAGAGAUAAAGAGGGGACAGUGUCAGUGACAGAGAAGGAGAGAGACGCGGACGGAUUAGCGAAUAGAAUAGUCAUUAUCGGUCUACAUAUCCGUGAUACACACUCUAUCGGUUUCGUCGAGUCGGUAGUGCGAAACGUCGCGGCAGCAGUAGCGGCGAGCGUGUGUGCCGUGCGACCAACCUAACCGGAUACCUAACCUUCGCUUUCGACCCUGUCGAACGCCACCGGCAUUAUCGGGCCCGACCUUGCAUCCACCGGGACGAUACCUCCGCAAGGAUUAACCGCACCGAGACGAGGAAUAUCGCCGGCUACGAUUCCCACGGACCAACGAAGCAGUGGGUAAUUCGGAGGAGCGAAGGAGGUCCCAAUAAAGAGGCCGCGGGGCGGGGGGGUGGUCGUGGUGGGGGCCGAGGGGGUGGUGAUGUGGCCGAACAGCCUCGGCGGUACUUCCGGCUGCAGCGGAGGCGCCGGUGCCACCGAUCUCGGGGGCCUCGCCGCCUCCACCACCUCGGCCUCCGAGCUUUUCGGGCCCGCCGCGUUUGGCGCGUCCGCGGCCGGCCCCUACGGCGCCCUGAAGACCAACCCUUACGUCAGUGCCCUCGGCAUGCCGCCCAUAGAGGCCCUGCACUCCACCAUCGGCUACCCCGGUUGCACUCCCGCCGGUGAGUCCUACUACUGCAACCCGAGGAAGCAACGAAGGGAGCGGACAACGUUCACGCGUGCACAGCUGGACAUCCUCGAGGGGCUGUUCUCGAAGACGAAGUACCCCGACAUUUUCAUGCGGGAGGAGGUGGCGAUGAAAAUCAACCUCCCGGAGUCGAGAGUGCAGGUGUGGUUCAAAAACCGUAGAGCCAAGUGUAGGCAGCAGCAGAAGCAACAACAGCAACAACAGGACAAAGCACCGAGGUCGAAGAAGCCCUCGGGAAAUCCGACCAACAAUCCGCCCUCUGGAAAAAGUCCUUCGAUUGCUACCACGCCCACGCCAGCCGCUGCGGUGCCUGCUACAACACCCCUAAGCGGCGGUACAGGUGGAUCAGCAGCCAGUUCACCAGCACUUCUAAGGGAUUCUCCUCAGUACAAACCACCGGGAAGUGCGACCAGUCUACUUCUGGCAGCAAGCACGACACCGCCAAGUUUAGGGGGCACGGUGUACAGUAGCGGCGGCAGUAGCAGUAGUAUUUGGAGUCCUGCAGUGACGGAGAACGGUGGGGGAUUCCCUGGUGACCAUCAGAGGUUAGCAUGGACAACAACCACAUCUCAGCAACAGUGUUAUCAAAACUACUCCUCUUAUUACACCAACAUGGACUAUUUAUCCCCCGCGACGCAUCAGUUAAAUGUGGUGGAUGGAGGAGGUAGUGGCUUGGACAAUACAUGGAGCAAAACGAGGGACGAGAGCGCAUCGUCUUGGUUUUAUAAUAGCGCCGGAUGGGGCGAUCGAAAGUGAAUCCCAGAGGGAACGAGAAGAAAAGACGGGGGACAACAAGGCUAUGGUACAUAUCAUCGUCACUAAUUAAGAAAGCGGAUUCUGGAAAUCGACUUGGCGAUCGUGGCCAAAGGCGAUUCUUUUCGCGCGAGACAGACAUAUCGUUGAAACGCGCGACCGUCGCGUCGCGCUACCGGUCUCUUGAUUCACUUGCUUUUCCCGACAGAACCACGCGUAAUCGAAAUUUCUUCGAUGCUAUUUGUUCCUUGGGGUACGGCCGAAGAGGGAUCGUGUGCUAUAUCACGACGCCUCGUUAGUAAUGUUGAAGUUAUAAGUUUGGAUUCUUAGGUAGCGUAUCGUAUCGAUAAGCAGGGAAGAAAACCAAUUUCCAGCGUUCGCCUAGUUGUCUUUGAACACACAUAUCGCUGUCCACGUUUCUUUCGGAUUGUGUUUGCUCAAUGCACAUCGCGUCUGCGUUAACGGUCGCGGUCGGGUCGCGUACGGUUUUCUAUCUUACGUGCAAUUUGAUAACGAUUCUGUAUAUUGUGUCGAACGUGGCCGAACGAUCCGCCAUGAUAGAUGUAACAAUCAUUACGACGCUAGUCACCGCGGUGGAAACGGAAAUUGAUGGGGUGAGAGGAUCAUCGCGGAACCUUUUAACGAAGGAAGGCGCAGCCCAUUAGAGAGAAGUAGAAUAAUUGUUCGCGCGCUUCGCGCUCGUUUACCGCGCGGUAUCUCCUUGCGCGACGUUAGUGUUACUCGGAACACCGUUCGCCCGCGACGAUGUGUAAUGUCCGGUGAACGUUUGCGAAUUUUUUCUUUUCACUCAUCAACUGGAACGAGACGAUCGUUCGCGAACGGACCGCGCCUCUCGGGGUCGAGGGCUCUGAUGUAUAUAAUAUAAAUAGUCGUGCGCCGUUCGAAAGAGUCAACGUAGUUAGCCGGAAUUUUCCAGGAUGCAAUCACGAGGAACACCCGAAUCCCUCGGUCACCUCGCUCGAUGGGAUGUCAGCGAGAGUUCUGUGCGAAUAUGCGCGUGCAUGAACACGAGGACAUAUAUGGCAUGUAUAUAGAAUAUAUAUACGAGGGACACGUUGAUCGUCUGUGUAAAUAUGUACCAUUUCAACGCGGCGGGAUUCUGGAUCGCCGAGAGAGGGAUUGCUCGGAGAAAGCUAGUGCCACUUUGAAGAUAUUUUGAUUUCGGUGAACCGUUUCCGUUCGUUGUAUUCGCGAUCGUUCGGUGACCUCUCGGUCCGGAGUAAAGGCGGAUCCGCGUAAAUGACAGGGCUCGUUCGGAGGGGAAUCGAAGAUAUCAAUUUGUUGGGAACGUAUAAAUACGUGAUUAAGCAACGGGUUCGGCAUCCGUCUCCACUCCAGAUCCGACGGUUAACGACGCGCUUACGGCGAAGAUAGAACGGAAUGUUCGAAGAUGAAUCUAUAACCGCUUUUAUUAUUCCGAUCGAUUUCCCGUCAUACCGUACCUUUCCAGUUUCAUCCGCUCGACUAUCCGGGAACGUUCGCCGGUCUGUGCAGACGUCGGAGUACUGUUUCAGACGUUGCGAACGAAAUUAAUCGUCUUGUUUUUUCCUCGCGUCAGGCGGUCCCCGUUACGCCGAAGUACUCGCAACAGACGUUUUCCUUUGCGCGGUUCACAUGCUCCACGGACGCGAGCAUCGAUUCAGAAUAGAUGAUAGAAGUGAUACAGAGACGUAACCACCAAUAUGUAAAGCGAAAGAAGUAUAUAUUAAACGUAGGGAUGUAAGUAACGUGACUGUUUAGAUUGUUAUUAUAAAUACUAUGGAAUACGAUACUACGACUACCGAGGGAGAGAACAACGACGUACGUGUC